CUGCGUCCCUCUGCGGUGUCCUGUAAGUCUGCUGUCCAUUUUCAUGAACUAACACCAAAGAUCUGGAGAUUUUUCUAGUCAAGACGAAAGUGUGUGUGAAGGUAUCGAUCGUGUAUCAGUUCCUCCAUUUUCCUCUUCUACUAUGGGUGUGGCAGACAAACUGUGUGAUGAGCUGUACCGUUGGAUUGAAGAGCAGGAGAAAUGUGCAGAUCAUCUCAUGGCUUUGGCCAAUGAGCUGGAGAACAUGAGGGAGGUGAUUACUGCAGGCCAGUUUGUGGGAAACACAGCAACUGUGGUUGGGUCUGCCGCUCUAGUUGGAUCAGGCAUUGCAACACUUCUGACUGGAGGCCUGGCUGCACCCUUAGUGGCACUAGCAGCUGGGAUCACAGCUGGAGUGGGUACUGCAACUAGUUUUACAUGUUCGAUUGUGGAGAAAUGGAACUCCAGUAGUACAAUGAAAAAGGCAGAGGAGACUGGUGAUCAAAUCAAACAGAUUCAGAACAAUAUUAAAAUGCUCCAGAAGAAACUCCAGGAGGAGUGUGAGAGUCAAGGAUUUAAAGCAUCAUUCUCAGAUGACGUGCAGUGUGAAAUCACAGUGAGAAUCCUGAAAGCCAUGGCCAAACGGAGUGGUAGAGAUGUGCUCCUCAGUUGUCUAAGGUCCCUCUUGAAAAGUGAUGGCAUGGCUACAGAUAUGAAGGGUUUAAUCUACACACAUGAAGAAAUUAAUUCUCCAGACACUUCCAGAUUCUUCUGCACUGUCGGUUCUUUGCUACUACUCCUUGGAUAUGUGGAAAUCUCAAAAUACUACCAUAAAACAGCAGCAAAAAUAGAAGGAACGGCAUGUUCUUCACUGAUAAAUGUGGGAAAGGGAGCAGGACAGGGAGCAGUCCAGGGAACAGUCCAGGUCACAGCGGGAAUCCUUGGGCUGAUAUUCACAGUUCCUGAUCUGGCUAAGAACUGUGAAGAACUGAUUGAAAAUAAACAUCAGACUGAAGCUAGCACAUUUUUGAAGACAAAAGCUAAUGAAAUCCGUGAGGCUGUGAAAAAAUUAAAAAAACAAUUGAAAGAAUUACAAGAGAUGCUCAAACAAAUCCCUGAAAUUGAGUGGCACAUUGAUUUGGCUCAGGAGAUGUUUGGAUCUCAAAUAUACACACGAGGCACCAUAUGUAUAGAGUAUAAACAGACCCAAAAGCAGGAUAUGAAGAGGUUUACACGGAGGUUUAUUCUCCUUUGCACAAACAACAUAGGAGUAACUGAGUAUGGUGGUUCCACAUGUAAAGACAAAUCAGGUGGCAACAAAAGACAGAAGAAGAAGGCUACUUCAACUGAAGACAGGAAGCUUAAACCACAGUGGAAACCUGCUUUUCAGAGCGAACCACCACAAAAGUCUAAAACAAAAGUAAAGGAAUUAAGGCUCCGCCUCCCUAAAAUACUCAUGUCUAAUGUGCGUUCUCUUUCAAACAAAAAAGAAGAGCUCAAAGAACUUAUGGAAGAUGUGGAAAACUUUAACAGUGAUCUGAUGUUCUUCACAGAGACAUGGUUUAAUAGCAACUCACAGAUGAAUCCCUUCAAGAUACAUAUGUUAUACCGAUUUGAUCGUGAUCGACGGCUUACUGGGAAAAGUAGAGGAGGGGGACUGAUGAUGCUUGUGAAAGAGGCCUGGGCGACUGAUGUGAAGGUGGAAAACAUCAUGAUUACUCCAGAUUAUGAGUUAAUGGUUGUGUCCAUUAUACCACAUGACCACCCUGCGGAUGCUCCACCACUUAUCUUCAUCCAUGUGUAUGUCCCAGGACCUAAUUUUACUCAAGCUGCCAUUGACAUCGCUGGUUUUUACUAUGAUGCUGUGGAGAUGAAUCCUGGUGCUCCUGUUUUCUUGUUGGGCGAUUUCAACCGGAUUGACUUCACAGGUCUCUUGGACCUGGACCAAUAUGUCUCAUGCCCAACCAGAUACAAUAAAAUCCUAGAUAAGUGCUAUGGGAAUUUGCCCGAUGCUUAUCAAUCUGAAUGCAGACCCCCGCUUGGCAAGUCAGACCACAAUGUCAUUAAAUUAAAUCCUAAAAACUCUUCUGAAAAGAAAGAUUGUAAGCAUGAACAUAACAAACCCAGACAGUAAUGAGAGGCUGCGCAACAGUUGUAGUUCUGUAUUGUUUUUAUGUAGCACCAUGGUCCUGGAGGAACGUUGUUUCAUGUACUGUAACAGUAUAUGAUAGCUUGUUUUGUCCUGUAGAUGUAGGUGGCAUCUAACUAUUUACUGAGUAUAAAAAAUCAAUGAGAAAAAGAAGAGAAGACUAUAGUUGGAACUGGUCUGAAUACUGACACAAUGAGGAACAACAUGAGGAACAAACUUCUCCUUUGAAUGAAGAAAAAUAAACAAAGGAAACUGUUGCUUAAUAUGCUUAAGCUAUGUGACUUAAAAAGAAGAAAUGCUACCACCUUGCUUGUCUACAAUUUUAAACAAACAAAUAGCUACUCAAAAGAUAUUGAUCACUGAAGCUUACCAUUACUGUACCUGUAAAUGUGUUGAUUGCAUUGAAAGGACCAGGACUCAUCAAAACACAAAAUGUGCACGGGGCAGUCUGGCUGUGAAUGGUACCUUUCAUUAUUCACUGAAGAGGAAAAUAGGAGAAGAUUCACAAGCUCUGGGGUGGUGGACGUCCACUGAAGAAUCCUCUAUAUCCAAGUGCAAGAUAAAACUUGAGGUGAAGAGGAAAUCUGUUAAUUCAAGGAAAUGCUGUAUAUAUUUAAAUCCCCGGGAAGAAUGGUUCAGUGGGUUCACUGUAAAUCAUUCGCCUUCUUGAACUCUUUUAAUCUACUUUUACUUGAUACUGAUAAACAGACACCAAUCAGUAUCUAACUUUGAGUGCAAUCCAAAUCAUAAACUAUAGCCUAUUAUGUAAAACAUUGAGUGUAUAUAUUUUACACUGUGUUAAGACUUUGUUAACACUCUAGUAUCAGGACCAAUUCACACUGUUAUCUACCUUUUUAUUAGCAUGCAUAUUAGCAUAUUAGCUGUUUAUUAGUAAUUAUAAAGCACAUUUUCUGCAUGACCAUAUUCUAUAUCCUUAAUCCUACCAUAUACCUAAACUUAACAACUACCUUACUAACUUUCAACUACUAACUAUUAAGACUUCUAAUUUAACUAAUUAACAAAUAUAUAAUCACUAAGCAAUCUUUAUGUAAUCAUGCAUGCUACAGUAUGUAGACUAAUCAUGUUAGGCCACAAGACAUUCAAAGAGGGUGAGUAACAUCCUCAAAUCUGUGUAAAAGGACAAGUAUAUACAAUAAAUGUACUCAAAACA